UAAAACGAAAGAAGAAACAGAAAGUAGAGAUGUGAAAUGAGUUUUAUUAUUCCUCAGCUAUUGACAAAACAGGAGGUUGAUGAAGUCAUUAGGAAAACAGAAGAUGUGGUUCUUGUUUUGAGAUUUGGCAGAGAAAAGGAUGUCACUUGCAUGCAACUAGAUCAUAUACUGUCAAAACUUAUUCCAGAGUUGAAGAAAAUGGCAGCCAUAUACACAGUAGAUGUUGAUAGUAUUCCAGUCUACACCAGAUACUUUGACAUUACACUUAUUCCAUCAACCAUCUUCUUUUUCAAUGCACAGCACAUAAAAGUUGAUUGGGGGACUCCUGAUCACACCAAAUUUAUUGGAAGUUUUAAAACUAAACAAGAUUUUAUAGAUGUUGUGGAGAUGAUCUUUAGAGGUGCAAUGAAGGGCAAAGUGAUGAUCAAAAGUCCAUUAGAUCAAGAAAAUAUUCCCAAAUAUGACCUUGUGUAUAAAGAUAUAUAGAGCUUACAAUCUGUACAUCAGAUUACACAAACAUUGUGUAUUUGUGUAUAAUCUGUUGUUGUCAGUGUAUGGGAGUUCUGAAGAGAUGUAAGCCAAGUAUUCAUAAGUGAAAAAGCUGAAUAAUAAAAUGAAUUAAUUUUACAA